GGGAGAUAACAAUCUGUUAGGAAUAACUUGUAAUAAUUCAGUCAAUUUAAAUAUGGUACGUGAAAAGAAUUCACUAUCUAAAACUAAUAAUUCAAAUAAUAGUGUCGAAGGUAUCAGUUCUGCAAGAUGCAAUUGUGAAAGGCACACAAGACGAAGAACAUUUUAUAAUAUCCAACGACAGCAUCGCAUCGUGCUCAAAAAUGGAGAGUUAAAUAUAAAAAGACAUAAAUUGAACCAGUUGACUCUGAAUUUAGUGAACGUGUUCAUAGAAUCAAGAUGGAGGUGGACUAUUUUGUAUUGUAUUUUAGUGAGUUUACUCCAGUUGCUUUUGUUUGCUGGGAUUUGGUGGCUUAUAUUAUUUCUUCAUGGUGAUCUUGAAAAUGACCAUUUACCUGGUACAAGGAAUUCUACAGAAUGGAAGCCAUGUGUUAAAGAAAUCUACAAUUUUACUUCUAUAUUUCUUUUCAGUAUCGAAGUUCAGACAAGCAUAGGGUACGGUUCAAGAUCCAUUACUUUGGAAUGUCCAGAAGCAAUAUUUACAAUGUGCAUUGAAAGUAUAGCGGGGAAAAUAAUUCAAUCGGUAAUUAUUGGCGUUGUUUUUGCAAAGUUAACUAGGCCAAAAAAUCGUAUUCAGACUUUAAUAUUCUCCAAAAAUGUCAUUAUUAAUCAGAGAGACGGUGACCUAUGUAUGCUCUUCAGAAUCGGAAAUACGAGGAAAUCUAGAAUAAUCGCGUCUAAAGUGCAAGCAGUUUUGCUAAGACAUGUGAAAGAUGGUAUAGAUAAGCUAGAAAACGUUCAAAUCAAUCUUAAUUUAAAUGUAGAAGAUGAUAACAAUAUACUAUUUAUAUUUCCAAUAACAGCUGUACAUAAAAUUGACAAAACAAGUCCUUUUUACAAAUUGUCAGCGAGAGAGUUGUUAAAACUAGAGUUAGAAAUUCUCGUUACAUUUGAAGGCACUAUUGAGUCGACAGGUCAGUACGUGCAAGCUAGAUCAAGUUAUACAACAGUUGAAAUACUUUGGGGUCGUCGAUUCUUGGAGACGUUGUAUUAUAAAAAGCAAAAGCGCGGAUUCGUAAUCGAUUAUUCAAAAUUUGAUGAAACCUAUCGUGUUAACACACCACUGUGUAACGCAGAAGACUUGAGAAAAUAUUAUUACGAUAGAGAGAUUGCAUAUAAUAGAUUAAAAUGAAUUUUUAUGUUGAUGAUUGGCAAGUUCAGACUAGAAGAAAAUAAGACGCAUUUGUAAAUGAGUUCCAUAAAUAUACUUAGAAUAUUUUUUGAAAUUUCAUUUUCCAAUUGUAAAAUACCUACUCAAAUUUCUAGGCCAAUAUCCAAGCAUGUAGUUUCUGUGAUCGUUUAUAACCUGGUGAACAACAAAUUUUCAUUUUGUGAUCUGUGUAGUUUUUCUAUCUAUGGCAAUUUAUUUGUGU